GAGAAGGCCUGAGGGACUCUGCGUUCUGGAGUGGCGCUGCUUGGUCGGGUGGCAGAUAGCAAGCUGCUGACGCCUCGGCUGAGGAGAACGGCGAGUCGGUUCGGCAUUUACGGUCGGGUUCCCCGCGACGAUGAGUGCUGCCAGGGAGUCCCAUCCGCACGGGGUGAAGCGUUCAGCCUCCCCAGACGACGAUGUCUGGCUGCAAAAGAACUAAAAGAUUCUACCUUGAGGUAACAGAAAAGGAGUACAGAUGCUCUUCCCACUUACGAUGUGGUUACAUCCUGAUAAACCCACUCUUGGCUCUAGCAAUUGGGAGGCAGCAGACUUAGGUAAUGAAGAAAGAAAACAAAAGUUCUUGAGACUUAUGGGUGCAGGAAAGAAAGAACAUACUGGUCGUCUUGUUAUAGGAGAUCAUAAAUCAACAUCUCAUUUCCGAACAGGGGAAGAAGACAAGAAAAUUAAUGAAGAACUGGAGUCUCAAUAUCAGCAAAGUAUGGACAGUAAAUUGUCAGGAAGAUAUCGACGACAUUGUGGACUUGGCUUCAGUGAGGUAGAAGACCAUGAUGGAGAAGAUCAUGUGGCUGGAGAUGAUGAUGAUGAUGAUGAUGAUUCACCUGACCCCGAAAGUCCAGAUGACUCUGAAAGCGAUUCAGAGUCAGAGAAAGAAGAAUCUGCUGAAGAACUCCAGGCUCCUGAGCACCCUGAUGAAGUGGAGGAUCCCAAAAACAAAAAAGAUGCCAAGAGCAACUACAAAAUGAUGUUUGUUAAAUCCAGUGGGUCAUAACUCCCAAACACUUAGUCUUUGUAUUAAAAGUAAGCCUUAUUGUUAUAAUGCACAGUGGAGGACUGCUUAUAGAGCACAGACCUUUGUAUUAUAAUUUUUAAAAAGGCCCUUUUAAGUAAUUACAAAGAGUGUUUGCUUUCAGAUGCCAUGGGUUACACUUUUAUGGGCAUGACUAAAACCAUUUUUGUAAAGAGUAAGAGUUGUAUAAAAUAAGAAAUAAAUACAGUACUCAAUUUCCUUUCAUAUUAGCAUCAUCAAACCUCUAAUCUCAGCUUUUUACCCCUUCAAAUAGUUAUGUGGGAGACACUGUUUUUUGUUCGUGGUAGCUCUUUUUUUGUUUCUUCCUAUUUUUCUCAUAAAAUGUUUAUCUGAUACUGUGAUGUGUUCAUGGAAAAAAUUAUUUUAUUAUACUUUGUUAUAGUAGAACUAUUCAUCAUGGCUAUUUCUGCUGCCAGUAAUAAUCUAAAUUAAUGUUGGCAAAAGGUUAAGUACUUAGUUUACUCUUUCUGAUUCAGCUCUACUCUUGGACCAAAGUAACAUGAGAGCAAAUACUUUUUACACCCGUUAGGAUGUAGUUACCACUGUCAUACAUUUGGAAUGCUAUGAUCCCAAGCAGUCUGUAUAUAAUUUGAAUUUCAUUGUAUGUUAGAUUUUUGGUAAUAUCUGGCCAAUUUUUACAGAAGAAAUUAUUUCUCUGAUCAUUUGGUCCUAUCUAUUUAGGAAUAUGUAAAACAAUUUUUUUUUUUAAGGUAAUAUGUGACCAAAGUUAAUUUUCUUCUUAAGGCCUAAAUAAAGAGAAAGCAGUUUCCCGUACUUGGUUGUGAUACCUUUAUCCUCAUUGUCUAAAAAUGAGGAACAGGCUUAUUGAACAAGAAGCUGAAAGAAAUUCUCUUCAUUUUAGCCCAGUGCUGUUUAUCUUGAUUAUCUAAUUCUUAUAAAGUAGUAUGGCUUUCUGAUUUUAUUGCUACUUCUGUUAGAGUAAGAUUAGAAUUAUCUGACUACUGUUAUGUGGUUGAUUUGUACAGCAGAUUUACACAAACUGAAUUAUGGACUAAUCAAUGAUCUUUGAGUAAUGGGGUCCAAAAUAUUAAUGUUUCUAAGUAACAUGUUCAAGGACUUGAAUCCAACCUGUAAGAGAUGUGUUGGGUUUUAAAAUUAUUCCUAUGUCAUUUUGAAAUUCAGAAUGUAUUAGAGGAGUGUAGGAACUAGAACAGGUGAUUUCUGAUUUAUGCAAUCCAUCCUGAAAUAUUUUUCAUAUUAGACCCCCAACAUUUGUCUUUUUAUUUUUCUUUUUAUUCAUAUUGUUUUAUAAUAGGUGCUAUCCAGUAUAGCAAAAUACUGAGUAAGGGGGUAGUAGACAGAUUGUGUGAUACCUAACAAAAUUUGGUUUAAACAAGUUUGGCGUUAUUCAACAAAUUUCACUUUGGCCACUGAUUUCCGAAAAUCUAGUCUGUUGGGUUGCUUAUUACAAGUAAGUAGAAUAUGAAGACUGAUUCACGUUUAAGAGUGGAAGAGGGCGAGAUUGGUAUUACAUUUUUUUAAAGCAUUUUCAUCAAUUCAUUGUUCAGAUGUGCUGGGUUGUUUAUAAAUCCUGAUUCUUAUAUGUAAAUAGACGAUCCUUCUAAAAUAACUACACUGAAAGACAUUCUUUCUUCAUCUCCAAAUAGAGGAAAUUCUCAUUCGGAUUCAUAUAUUAUUGGACAUUGACAUAAUUCAGGGUUGGAAUAAAUUUAGGUCUGUUGGUCCAUGUGGCCUAGUGUCCCAGCCCUACAUUAAAUAUCAUGGCUGUCUUUUAAGCAUGAACAUUGAGUGGUUGUUUUUUUUCCUUAUUAAAUUGGGGGAAGAAAACAAAGGAAGACAGAUGCUAUUACAUCUUGAUAUCCCUAUUUAAAAAGUGCCACAUGGAGAGAGAGAAAUUAUUUUUGUGCAGUGAAAUACACUUCUCAAGUGUUUGCCUAUACCAAUGAACUAACAGUCUUAAAAAAAAUUUUAAAGUAUAAUUGGCAUACAGUAUUACAUUAGUUUCAGGUUUACAACAUGGUGAUUCAAUAUUUAUAUAUCUAAAGAUGUGAAUACCACAGUAGGUCUGCUAUCUGUCAUUGUAUAAGUUACCACAGUUAUUGACUAUGUUCCUCUCAUCUUUUUCACCCAUCCCUCCACUCCCCUCUGGCAAUCAGCAGUUCUUUGUUUC